AUGUCCUCCCCGUCGUGCUCAAUUCCCUCGGCAGUGCACGUGUGCACCCCGUCGGCCCCUUCAACGCGUACGCCCGACAAGACGGUGGCUGUAUUUCAGGCGAAACUCCAACAUGCUCUGUGGCUUGACAAACUCACGACAAUGGCCCACAGCGAGGCUCGUUCACGAGCAAGGACGCGCUGCACCGAGGCUGAGGAGCGCGACGCUCUUUGGUGGCAGCACCAUAGGGAGCAUGAGCGCCAGAAGCACAUGGAGAACAACGUGCUCCGACUGGAGGCGCUGCGUAAGGGGCAAACGACAUCAGUAUGGAAUGUCGUGCCUCACUGUUGGGCAGAUCUCUUGGCGCGCGAAGAGGCAAGUGACCGAGGCGCCGUCGAGGCGGCAGCUCGGGAUGACCUCCAGAUGCUCUACGCCGCUCAGCAUACCUGGGAGCUACGGAAGUCUGUGCGCCAGCUAGCGCGGCAGCAGUGGGAUGCCGAGGCGGUGCAGCACGCCGCCAGGCACGUGCGUGCGCUGGAGUUAAAGCUUGUUGCGCGCUCAUACAGAGCUGUGUCUGCCUUCAAGCCUGCUGCAGACGACCUUUUCGAGAUUGCUGAAGGGAUUCACGUAUUGACGGCUGCACCACCUUCGCGAGCGGCUCUGCCGUCGCUGUCAUUGGCUGUUGGUCACGAGGCACCGUGCGAAGCCAAAAUACGCGAAAUGUACGAUCGUCGGACCCUCGUGUACGACGAGGCCAAAGAGCGCCUUCUGCUGGACUGGUGGCAGGGGGCGGCGCAGCUCCGCUACGUUGAGGCCCCCAAGGUAGGGCAGCUCUUUGCGCUCUGGGGCUACUACGCACGCUCACCCGUGUGCAUUCGGGCGCUUCUGACAGUGCAGCGGUGGUGGCGCAUGCAGCGUGUCGCACCGUGGUCCCGGCACCGCCAAGCCUUCCUGGCACACAGUCUCAGGAAGCUGCCUGGGCACCACUCCGCGGAGCGGUACAGGCGGCUUCUGCGCAGCUUACGACGCACCGCUUCAUAUGAGAAGGACGGGGGCACGAGCACUGUCAAUGAUGUCAGUGCUGCGCUGGUGGCGCUGGUCGCCGCUGCCACGAGUUCUCGCCGGUACAGCACACAGCUGGACAUCUACACCUACACAGUUGUGCAGGAAGCCCGCGCGAUGCUGGCAAGUCGGUCCGCCCAAGAUACGGCGGUGGCAGCUGCGAUGCAGGCGACGAGGUGGCCCCUGUGCACGUACAGCCGGUAUUCGCUUCCCUAUGACAGCUGGCGUCACCAUCGCUGGACACCGUACUCUGAAGCGCACCGACUGUCCGUUGCAGCGGUGGAACGCUCAGAGAUGUCGAAUUGGCAGUGCAUCAAGGCUGAGGAAGCGGAGCACCGUCAUCACGCUGUUGGGUCUAGCUCUAGUCUACCCCGUGGCCCGCUGGCGGUGUUGGAGGUGCAAGCGUGGCAGAUAAAGCUUGCACAAGAGGAGCGCACGUCACGAGUACGUGCAUCCCAUCAAGAGGCUCAUGAGUACAAUGUCCUCUACGCGGCGGUCGCGGCGGCGCUCCCCUCCCCUUCCCAGGCCGCUUCCCCUCUGCCGCUUCGAGAAGUGACCAACGGGAAAAUCAAACGUGAGGCAGCGGCGACGACAGCAGCAAUACUCACCUCCGCAGCGGCGCGCCCACUCGGGGGUCACGGAGCCACCCGGUCAGGCGGCUCUGCCGCCGCGUCUCCCUCUACAGACCACGAUGCGUGGGCACAAGUACAGAGAUGCGUCCAGAUCGCACAUGAAGUACUGGCAUCGGCGCAGCAGCAGUCCGCCCAGGGGCACCCGGAGCGGAGCGGCGCAGCAGCAGACAAAGAGAUGCCAGCAGCCCUGUCAGAGGAUUCUGCGGCUCGCUACCGCGCUGCUUUCGACGAGGCAGCCGCCGCGGUGUACCACGACCAAUACACCGCUGUGCGAGAGCGCUAUGUGGCGCGCAACGCAGAGGCGCUGAAGCAGAUGCGCGAGUCGUUCAAGGCGGGCCUGCGAGAACGGGCGAUCAUCAUCGCUGAGGAGGCGCAGGAGCUGGAGAAAAUCCGCCACGGUGUCACUUGCGCCCAGCGCGUGAGCCGCUUCCUACUCGAACGAAACGAGUCCCACAGACGAGCGGCCUUUGAGCGUGCGCAUGAGAAGGUGGCAGCUGAUCUUUACGAGGCGCUCUCCGACAACCUUCGUGUCUCCCAAUGGGCAGUGGAGGCGCGAAAGCUGAAUGAGGAGGCGUGUCGCGCCGCUGCACGCGCACGGCAACACCCCUCGUUGUCGUUGCCUUCACUCUCUCCAGCGGACCGCCUUGUCUCGCGUGAGGCGGUACGCCGCACUCAUCUCGUGUGCAGCUGCGCUGUUGUGUUGGCCGACGUGCUGAUACAGUACUCUCGCUCUUACCAUGAGCUGCGGUAUCAGGAUUGGGCCGUGCUCUGUCGCACAGAUGCCGCCGCUCUCGACAGUGCCGCACCGUGGAAUCCACCCAUGGCACAGGUGUACAUGUUGAAGGCUGACGAGUGGGACGGCCGCCAGGCCAUCUGGCGUGAGGCGCAGGUCGGCGCGAGGACGCUGCUGGUGGACGGACACGCGCUCUAUGGCUCCGGUACCGUGUGGUCCGACUACCUCUUCGGGCACCUGAAGCUGACAAGCGAGGCGUCUUACACGGAUGCGCAGCUGCGCGGGUGCCUGCUGACGCGACUCGCAAACGUGGGGCUGAAGGUGGGCGAGCUCAUCCAGAUGGAGACGAUGGCGCGCGGUCGAGUAGAGUACGCCGAAUCCAUCACACGCGACCUCCGCUUUCACCGGCACCGUCUGCGGCUAGAAUAG